AUGACCAAAGCAGUUGAAUACCUGGAGGAGAGGAGAAUCAGGGAUCUCGUGAAGAAGCACUCAGAGUUCAUUAGCUAUCCCAUUUAUCUUUGGACUGAGAAGACAACUGAGAAGGAAAUUACCGAUGACAAGGAUGAUGAGCCAAAGAAAGAGGAGGAGGGUGAUAUCGAGGAGUUGGGCAUUCAUGAGGACAACCAAAACCGGACUAAAUUGGCCGACCUACUUAGGUACCAUUCAACCAAGAGUGGCGACGAAUUGACUAGCCUGAAGGAUUAUGUGACCAUGAUGAAGGAGGGGCAAAAUGAUAUCUACUACAUUACUGGUGAGAGGAAGAAAGCUGUAGAGAAAUCGUGA